AUACUCUGAGAGGCUGUUAAUGGCACCAUGUUUUCGGGAGUUUCUGCUUUAGUCAGAUAAGGGAAGUUUCAUUAAGAUUUCUUUCUACCUCUUCUGUAGCUCAAUGUUUUCACUUAAAAACAAUAUGUCAACUCGGGAGGUCAAAGUGUGUCCCCAUGGUGGAAAAGUUCUUGUCCCAAUCUCUACAGGGAGGAACCGAUCUGAAAUCUUGGGAUACGUCUUAGCAUGUCCAUCGUGAUUGAGGUAUAAGCAGUGGUUCAGGGCACCGAGUUAGCGAUUCUAGGUAAGCAAGACCACGUCAAGAAGUGGUUCGUCCAGAAGUUCGUGAGAAGGCAGAAACGAGGGAGAGUGACAAUCGUUGUUCUUUAAGAGGGCACGGUGGUGGAGGAGAAAGUUACACAUCGAUCCUGGACCGGGCAGACCACGAUUUGGGGCUUGGGGACGCGAUCUGGGGAACCUCGGUGGCAUCUGAGCUCCGCUUGAUGCCAGUGCGUGUUUGUGCAAGUUACUUCCUCAAGUUCAGGGUGAGGAUAAUAAUAUCUACAGUAUGGAGUUGCUGGGAAGAUUUACUACCAACGGAGGCAGAGCGCACGGCUCGCAGGAAGCGCUCGCUAGGGUCUGCUCUUUCCGGGAAUGGGUGGGGUGCGCACUCCUCAACAGGGCUCCCAAGACUUGCGUCACACGCCUCAGUCGGCUGGCUUAUAAAACACCGGCCAGAGCCCCAAGAUCGCUUUUAGUUUCUCUUCUUUCUAAAGAAGCCACGCGGAGCCCGGCUGGGGAACCUCACCCUCGCCGAGCCUAGAACCGAGAGCGGCCACCCCAGGCGGUCACCAGCGGAUUUGCCCGCGCGUUCUCUUUCUUUCCACCCAGUUGCCCUUGCGGCCGGCUGUAAACCUGCCACUAGGACCCGGUCGGUGAGAUCUAGCCUGUUGACCUGAGAGCGGAGAGUGGAUCGCUGGGCUGGACUAACGGCGACGGAGAGCGCGCCCUCGCUGACUCCGGGCGCGCCCAGCAGGAGCACCGCCCGCGCCCGCCCCUGUACACUUGUAAGUUUCGAUUUCCGCGGAACCGAGUCCCGCGCCGCGGCAGAGCCAGCACAGCCAGCGCGCCAUGGCGGACCCGGAGGUGUGCUGCUUCAUCACCAAAAUCCUGUGCGCCCACGGGGGCCGCAUGGCCCUGGACGCUUUGCUCGAGGAGAUCGCGCUGUCUGAGCCGCAGCUCCGUGAGGUGCUGCAGGUAGCCGGGCCCGACCGCUUUGUGGUGUUGGAAACCAGCGGCGAGGCCGGGAUCACCCGAUCGGUGGUGGCCACCACUCGAGCCCGGGUCUGCCGUCGCAAGUACUGCCAGAGACCCUGCGAGAACCUGCAUCUCUGCAAGCUCAACUUGCUGGGCCGGUGCAACUAUUCUCAGUCGGAGCGGAACUUAUGCAAAUAUUCUCAUGAGGUUCUCUCGGAAGAGAACUUCAGAGUCCUGAAAAAUCACGAACUCUCUGGACUUAACAAAGAGGAAUUAGCAGUGCUCCUCCUCCAAAGUGAUCCUUUUUUUAUGCCUGAGAUAUGCAAAAGUUAUAAGGGAGAGGGUCGGCAGCAGAUUUGUAACCAGCAGCCGCCGUGUUCAAGACUCCACAUCUGUGAACACUUCACCCGAGGCAACUGUCGUUUUCCCAACUGCCUCCGGUCCCAUAACCUGAUGGACAGAAAGGUGCUGGCCAUCAUGAGGGAGCACGGACUGAACCCCGACGUGGUGCAGAAUAUCCAGGACAUCUGCAACAGCAAGCAUAUGCAGAAGAAUCCCCCGGGACCCAGAGCUCCUUCUUCACAUCGUAGAAACAUGGCAUAUAGGGCUAGAAGCAAAAGCAGAGAUCGGUUCUUUCAGGGCAGCCAAGAAUUUCUUGCGUCUGCUUCAGCGUCUGCUGAGAGGUCCUGCACGCCUAGUCCAGAUCCGAGCAGCCACAGGGCUUCCCUGGAGGACACGCCUGUGGAUGAUCUCACCCACAAGUUCACGUAUCUGGGGAGUCAGGAUCGCGCUCGGCCUCCCUCAGGCUCGUCCAAGGCUACCGAUCUCAGAGGAACAAGUCAGGCCGGAGCAAGCCGGAGGUUUUUAGAGAACGGCAGUCAAGAGGACCUCUUGCAUGGAAAUCCAGGCAACACUUACCUUGCUUCCAAUUCAACACCAGCCCCCAAGUGGAAGAGCCCCACAUCCUGGACGAAUGACCAAGGCGCCAGGAGAAAGACCGGGUUUCCUCCCACGCUACCUGCCGCCCUCUCUUCUCUUGGCUCUCUGCAAACACCUGAAGCUGUGACCAGAAAGGGCGCAGGCUUGCUUUCCUCAGACUACAGGAACGUCAAUGGCAAAAGUGGAACUCAGGACGUCCAGCCUGGCCCUCUUUUUAAUAAUAAUGCUGAUGGAGUGGCCACAGAUACAACUUCUACCAGAUCCUUAAAUUACAAAAGCACAAGCAGCAGUCAGAGAGAAAUAUCAACACCUAGGACUCAGGAUGCUGGACCUGCUUCCCGAGAUGUUCAGGCCACUGGCAGAAUCACAGAUGAUGCUGGCCCAAGAGUGGCACUUGUUAAUGAUUCUUUAUCUGAUGUCACAAGUACCACAUCUUCUAGGGUGGAUGAUCAUGGCUCAAAGGAAAUUUGUCUUGACCAUCUGUAUAAAGGUUGUCCGUUUAAUGCAUUUAAUACCUUCCUUAUGUUUGCUAUUUUCUCUAGCCCGGAGUCGUCUAAGAGGAAAGACAAUCAGAAAAGUUCAAACAUCGACUCUUUAUACCUGGAGUCACUCUAUCAAUCCUAUCCGAGGGGAGUUGUGCAAUUUCAGGCGGGCUCACGGAACUAUGAGCUGAGUUUCCAAGGGAUGAUUCAGACAAACAAAGCUUCCAAAACUCAAAAGGAUGUCAUCAGAAGACCAAAAUUUGUGUCUCAGUGGGAUGUGCAGCAGAUGAAGAGAGGGCCAGACCGUCAGCCAGCACAGACCUCGUCAGUGUCUUUAACUGCGACCUUUCUUCCUCAGGAGGACCUUUGCUUCCUAUCCUCAAAUAAAUAUAAGUUAUCAGAGAUCCAUCAUCUACAUCCGGAAUAUGUCAAAGUAAGUGAGCAUUUUAAAGCUUCCAUGAAGAAUUUCAAGAUUGAAAAGAUAAAGAAGAUCGAGAACCUAGAGCUCCUGGAUAAAUUUAUACGGAAGAAAUCACAGUUGAAGGAAGAAGAAAGCCUCCUAUUUUAUGCGACAAGUCGUGCCUAUGUGGAAUCUAUCUGUGCGAAUAAUUUUGACUGGGCCCUGCAUGAAACUCAUGAAACCAAAUAUGGAAAAGGAAGUUACUUUGCAAAAGAUGCCAUCUAUUCCCACAAAAAUUGCCCAUAUGAUGCCAAAAACAUCGUUAUGUUUGUAGCCCGAGUUCUGGUUGGAAAUUUUAUUGAAGGAAAUGUGUCGUACAUGAGCCCUCCUCAGCAGUACAACAGCUGUGUGGAUACCAGGUUGAAUCCCUCCGUUUUUGUCAUCUUUGAGAAAGAUCAGAUUUACCCACAAUAUGUGAUUGAAUAUACUGAUGCAGACAAACCCUGCGUGAUUAGUUAGAACCGAUGAAUACAGCGUCAGAAGGAUGCCAUAACCAUUCUCUUCCCUUACAGAACUAAAUUGCCCCAGACAGGAGUUCAAGUUUUAUAUUUUCCUGCCCAGUUAUCUAAUGCCUUAGAUCAGUGGUCCCCAAACUUCACUACACAUUUGAAUCAUCUGGGAAGUUUUAAACAAAUUCUGAUGCCCAGGUUGCCCCCCAUGCCAAUGAAAUCAUUUCUGGGCUUCAGCGACAGGCAGUUGUAUUUUUUUUUUUUUUUUGGAGAUGGAGCCUCACUCCAUCGCCCAGGCUGGAGUGCUGUGCCACGAUCUCGGCUCACUGCAACCUCUGCCUCCCGGAUUCAAGCAAUUCUCCUGCCUCAGCCUCCCAAGUAGCUGGAACUACAGACACACACUGCCACGCCCAGCUAAGUUUUUGUAUUUUUUUAGUAGAGACAGGAAUUCACUGUGUUGCCCAGGCUGGUCUCAAACUCCUGAGCUUAGGCAAUCCGCCCGCCUUGGCCUCCCAAAGUGUUAGGAUUACAGGCGUAAGCCACCACGCCCUGCUGGCAGUCGUAUUUUUUAAAGUCCUUCUGAUGAUUCCAAUGUGUUGGAAAGUUUGUCUUGUCUCAGAUGUAACGGGUAAAGUUUGAUUUCUAAAUUUUCUGUAAUUGCAGCAACCUUUCCCUCCUGUCUACCCUUUUAGUUUACUGUAUGCCAUGGUUUUGUUUUGGUUACGUUGAAAGAAAGUUAAUUUGGAAAAUUUGGGAGAAAUCUAAACAUGCCUAUUAAGGAUAUAAGACAUUACAGCUUUAGAAGAAAGAUUAUGAAAAACUGGGAAGAAAAUGCUUAAGGACAUGCUAGGGAAAGAAAAGUAAAGUUGAAAUGCUAUUGCAGACAUAGCUGCAGUACUGUACCUCAUCAUUCUGAUGAAACUGAUUUGGAGCACCCAUUUCUUUAUCGCUACAUUUAUUUAGGGGACCAACUCCAUCCAGGUUGACUCUCUCUGGAAUGCGGUAAUAAGAGCUGGCAAGUAUGGCUCAGAGAGAAGCAACCAACUAGAGUUAAUUGCCCAUUUGGGCUCUUUGUAUAAUUAUGGCAAAGUAGACAUUUAUGUUCUAAUUAAUAUGAUUACAGAGAAGGCUUUUUCUCGGGUCAGGCUUUUCAUGAAAGUAUUUUGAGAACAAUGAAUUGCAAUAACCAGCUUCACACAAGCAUAACUGAUAAAUGCGAGUGCUAUUGUAGUCUUGGCAAAUGAGCCAAGAACCUAGGAGCAGGGCCGUUCCUACUGAAGGACGGGCCCCCGACGGGAAUGACAUUUGUUUCCUGGUGAGCACAGAAUCAGAACAAAGAACAAUAUCCCAAAGAGGCCCUGUGCCUACCAGGAGCUUCUUUUUCCAAAUGUAAUGGAUGAUAUGGAAUUGUAGUACCAUCGGUUUUCACUUAGAGCCCUUGACGUGCUUGGACCAAUAUUUCCUUCCUUCUUAUAAACCAGCUUUUUCCUUCUGAUUUUCCCUUUUCAACAUUCCUUACCAGUCACUAAAGUUUCCUAUAGUAAUUUCUUCUAGCAGACAUGUUAUAAGUCAGAUUUCACUAGCAUCAGAGUUGAUUUUAUAUUAGUCAGAUUUUGGAUCCUCACAGAGAUCUCCAAACUCCUUGGCUUAAACGGCUCCACCAGUAAAAAAAUUAGAGAGAGAUUUUUUAGAGUAGAGUUAUUUGCUGGGAGGGUUACCACAAAUGCUUAUUCUCAUUGACUUAUUUCUUUCAUGGUAGCUUUCGUUUUGGAGCGUUCAUUUUCUGAACUCGACCCUCACAUUGUAGGGGCGCAGUUUGUCCAACUCUUUCCAACAGCCCAUUAGACACCACUAGCUGAAUAUUUCACAGGCAUCUUUGAUUCAACAUGUCCAAAGUGGAACUCUCCAUCUACUUCCCUCACAUGAAUCUGUUCCUCUCCCAGGAUCUGUAUGUAAGUGAAUAGCAUCACCAUCUACCCAUUGGCUCAAGCAGAAAUCCGGAAGUCAUCUUUGACUCCUUCCUCUCCCUCCUGAUAAACAUCUAAGCAGUUUCUAAAUCUAGUUUUACCUCUUAAAUAUCUCUGUUCCCCUUCUAAGUUGUUUGCUGUGUUUUCUUUAGAGCAAGAAGGUUAUAUUUUUUAAAAUUUACUUAGUAAUGCACAUGCAAAACAUAAAUCAAGUCUUCAGGAUAAAGUUCAAAACCGCUGUCGUGGCCCCAUGUGAUCUCUCCCUCCCCUACCCCUCUAUCAUUUAGUUUCUUCUGCACAAGCCACUCUGGCUUUCUUUCAGUUUUGUGGUUCCCAUUUUUAGCUAGUUCAGUGGUUCUCAAUGGGCAUUUCUGCCUUUUUUUUUCUAAAUGACAAAUACAAAUACAUCUUCUUUAUUAUCCUCCAAAUCCAAUUCAGAGGUAAUAUGCUCCACCUACACACAAUUUUAGAAAUAAAUUAAAAAUUAAAUAAAACUAAUAUUAACAUAAACAGGAAAAAAAAGGUACCUAACUUGGGUACAACUGUAAUUGAAGACCUAAUGAAGUAGUCAGAUGCUUACAACUAUUUAUAAUGCAUCAAUUUGAACUUAGAAGGUAGGAGAUCAGACCAUAUGCGGGAAAAUGUAAAAGCAGGGAUACGGGUGGACAUUAGAAUAAAAACUAGGGAUACAGUAACUUCUUUGCAUAUGACAAUACUUAUUUGUAUAUAAGAGAAAGAACGAAAUAACCUUUAUUGAAAUAAAGAUACUAUGCAAGAAAAUGUACAGAUUGUCGAAGUGGAGAAAGUGAGGAUAUAUUCUUGCAGACGAACUAUAGGUCAUACAUGAAUGUCUGGUGAGACAUUCAAAAUUCGUAUAGGGUGCAGAAUAAUUUCCUAUUGUGAGGAACUGUCCAAUGUAUUGCAAGAUGUUCUGCAUACUUGGCUCUCACAUACUAAAUGCUAGUAGCGCACCCACCCCCACGCCCAGUCAUGGUGACAACCACAAACCCUAUCAGAUCUAUUCACCCUUUUCAGAGCAGAUAUUUUGUAACAUUCUCUUUGCUGUCCUGAAAUGACUCAUAGAUAAUACAAUCUACUUACACACAUGAAUUUCUUAAAAAAUCAAUUUAAUGCCCUAACUCUCUUAUUAAGGAGAAAUAGAAAAGAAGAAAUUUAUAAUGAAAAGAAGAUGAAUUUCAUUAUGUAAAUGCUCAGGCAUGACUCCGCUGUUUGAAACAGACAGAUGUUUACUCUUCCUUGUAAUGAGUAGGUUUGGAUUUAAGAGCCGAUUAGCGGCUACUUCCUGUAAACAAGUACAGGAAAAUGAAACUAGAGGGAUGGGGGACACUAGAAUGAAAACCAGUGUUAGGGUAAAGUCAAAACAGACCAUAUACAUAAUCUGUGUAUGGGAAAAGAAAGAGCGAAGUUACCUUACUUAAAGAUAAUAGGACAAGACAAAUUACAGAUUGUCUCAGAGAAAACAAAUCAGUUACUCUCUCGGACAAGCUGUAGGUCCUACAUAAAUGUCCAGCAGGACAUUAGACAGUCGUACAGGGUACAGAAUAAUUCUUCGUUGUGUGGCACUAACCCACACACUGCAGGACAUCAUUCUCCCUGGCUGCAUCCACUCAGUGCCGGGAGUAGUCCCCAGUUAUUAUGAAACCACCAACAACCCACUGACCAUAGUGAGAACCACAGAUUUUUUUCCACUGACCUAGCGAAUAUCUAGCAUCCUUAGAUUGGCUCAACUGUUACUUCCCUAAGGAGUCCUUCUAUAGAAUAGGUCAGAUACUUGCCUCCCGAACUCCUUAUUUUUAAAAUACUUGGCGCCUUGCUUUGAUAAUUUGUAUUAUGUAUCCAAACUGAAAUUAUCUGCUUUCCGCAUUAGAAUGUAAGCCCCCUGAGGGGUGAGUCAGUCUGUCUUGUUCGCUGUGCCACGCCUGAUGCCCAGCCCAGCAGCAUGCUUUGUACACUGAUAUAUUGGGUAAAUUUUGUUGAAUAAAUUAAGCUCAACUAUUUAUAUUUCAAUAGUUGAGUUGUAUUGCUUCUUGUUCUUCAAGCUUAAUUUGAACUGUCUAAUAAAAAGAGUUAAAUAAUU